CCAACUUUCCAGAAGUUUCUCGGGACGGGAGGGAGGUGGGGUGGGGGAACGCCAUAUAUAGAUCUGGACGGCGGGGGCGCGGUGGAGAGUGGAAUCCAUUCUCGGCUCGAGUGUGACACUGUGACUGUGUCCCGGCGCCCACCCAGCCCGGCCAGGUCCUCCGUGGUGCUCCGAGCCCGCCUCCCAGCCGCCAUGCGUGCCCUCCUGCUCCUCAGCACCUUCUGCCUCCUGGCCAGGGCCCUGGCCGCCGCCGAGGUGAAGAAACCCGCCGCCGCAGCAGCCCCCGGCACCGCGGAGAAGCUGAGCCCCAAGGCAGCCACGCUAGCUGAGCGCAGCGCUGGCCUGGCCUUCAGCCUGUACCAGGCCAUGGCCAAGGACCAGGCGGUGGAGAACAUCCUGCUGUCGCCUGUGGUGGUGGCCUCGUCGCUGGGGCUCGUGUCGCUGGGCGGCAAGGCGGCCACAGCGUCGCAGGCCAAGGCGGUGCUGAGCGCCGAGCAGCUGCGCGACGAGGAGGUGCACGCGGGCCUGGGCGAGCUGCUGCGCUCGCUCAGCAACAGCACCGCGCGCAACGUGACCUGGAAGCUGGGCAGCCGCCUGUACGGGCCCAGCUCGGUGAGCUUCGCCGAGGACUUCGUGCGCAGCAGCAAGCAGCACUACAACUGUGAGCACUCCAAGAUCAACUUCCGCGACAAGCGCAGCGCCCUGCAGUCCAUCAACGAGUGGGCGGCGCAGACCACCGACGGCAAGCUGCCCGAGGUCACCAAAGACGUGGAGCGCACGGACGGCGCGCUGCUGGUCAACGCCAUGUUUUUCAAGCCGCACUGGGAUGAGCGAUUCCACCACAAGAUGGUGGACAACCGAGGCUUCAUGGUGACCCGUUCCUAUACCGUGGGUGUCACUAUGAUGCACCGGACAGGCCUCUACAACUACUAUGACGACGAGAAGGAGAAGCUGCAAAUUGUGGAGAUGCCCCUGGCCCACAAGCUCUCCAGCCUCAUCAUCAUCAUGCAUCACGUGGAGCCCCUCGAGCGCCUUGAAAAGCUCCUGACCAAAGAGCAGCUGAAGAUCUGGAUGGGGAAGAUGCAGAAAAAGGCCGUUGCCAUUUCCCUGCCCAAGGGUGUGGUGGAAGUGACCCAUGACUUGCAGAAACACCUGGCCGGGCUGGGUCUGACUGAGGCCAUCGACAAGAACAAGGCGGACCUGUCUCGCAUGUCGGGCAAGAAGGACCUGUACCUGGCCAGCGUGUUCCACGCCACCGCCUUCGAGUGGGACACGGACGGCAACCCCUUCGACCAGGACAUCUAUGGCCGUGAGGAGCUGCGCAGCCCCAAGCUCUUCUACGCCGACCACCCCUUCAUCUUCCUGGUUCGAGACACCCAGAGCGGCUCCCUGCUGUUCAUCGGGCGCCUGGUCCGGCCCAAAGGCGACAAGAUGAGAGACGAGUUGUAGGGCCCCAGGGUGGGCGCGGGAUGCCAGGGGGCAGCAGAAGGCUCCUGAGACACAUGGGUGCUAUGGGGACGGGGGAGCUGAGGUCCGGCCUUGGCCAGUCCGUGGGGUGGGGGUGGGAAGGCAGAGCGGGUCUCCCGCGUGUCUGAGCAGACCUUCCCCGCCGGAGAGCCUUCUGCUUAGACGCCGGGACCGAUGCCAUGAUGCUGAGCCCAGAGGCCCUGCGUCCCGUGGGAGCUGGGCAGUCGUCGUCCGGCCCUACCCCUCGUCCUGGGAUCCGGCCUCGAUCAGUGUUCCUAUUUAUAGCCGGGCGCUUUCUCCUCCGUGAGACGGCAUCGAGCUGGGGUUCAGCCAAGCCCUCCUGGGCUGGGCCCCCUCUUCUCCUGACCCUCCCACCACCUCAGCGCCCUCCCCAGCUCUCUCCCAACCUUCUCCCAACUCCCCUCAACUGUAAAACUAGGUGCUGCAGCCCCUGGGACAGGUACCCCCUCAAUGGGCCUGACCCGGGGUGGGGGAUGUCAAGAAAUAGCUCCUGGGUCAGAGGGUGGGGGGCGCGGGGUUUUUGGGCGGACUCUGGUCAGGCAUCAUGGGCAUAAACUUUUUUUUUCCCUUUUAUAGAUUUUCAAAGAUGGGGAGGGAAGGGGGAAAGUGAGCCUUUGUUGCUGUCAAACCAAGAACUUAUUUGUACAAUUUUUUUUUCAAUAAAAUGUUUCCAGUGA